UAGGUUGAAAAUCUCCCAAAAUGAACCCGUGUAGGUUGGAAAUCUGCAAAGAUGAACGCGUGUAGGUUGGAAAUCUGCACAGAUGAACGCGUGUUGGUUGGAAAUCCUACCAAGCUUCUCUGCCGUCUUGCUACGGGCUUCCUGUGGGCUAGUUAGUGUACGUCCUGCCCCAGUCUUACUCCAGGCCUUACGCCCCCUCUCCCAGAACAAUGCUGAGGAUGAUGAUGAGGAGCAGUCUGAAAUGCUGAAUGGAAACCACCAGGCCAGCUCACAAGAAGAAGACCGUGGUUCGGGAGGACCGCCCCGCCCUGCUGUCAGACAGUCUGUCGGUGCAGUGGGGAACGGGGAUGUUAGCGAUGAUGAUGAUGAUGAUGAAGUUGAUGAUGAUAAUAAUGAUGACAACUCUGGGCUUGGAGCAGAAGGGAAAGCUGUGGCGGAUGCUACGGAAGCGAACCUGUAUGAAGAACCUCGGGAGGCUGUGCUACCUCCAGUUACCUCUUCAUCCACCACAACCGAAGCAGCAGCUGCCGCCGUCAGUGAUGAUGAUGAUGAUGACGACGACGAUGAUGAUGCUGAUGAUGAUAAGGGUGAUGAGAAGGAGGACCCGGAAAACGUGUACAGUAGUCCCCCGCCCACUGACAAGAUGAAGGUCACCCCACCCCCGGGCAUGCUGUAUAUGGUUCAAGCCACUCACAAGUACUCAGGAGAAGAUGUUGAUGAGCUGAACUUUGACCCUGGAGAGGUGAUCUUUGUUAUCCAGUUUGAGAACCCAGAAGAGCAGGAUGAUGGCUGGCAGAUGGGGAUCAAGUGUUCUGACGGGAUGAAGGGUGUCUUCCCAGAGAACUUCACACAGAAACUCUAGUGGGAUUUUGCUUCUGGGGGUUUCUGGGGGCUCCUGGGGCUUCUGGAGGCUCCAGGUGGUUUCUGGGCUGCCUGGCUAUGGAAUGUUGUGGAUGGUGAUGGUCUGUUGGGUACCAGUGCUGUAGGAUUCUCAGACGGUGUCUCUGCCAUGACAUGCUGUGCCACCGAUUUCAUUGAUGCAGGGUCGGGGCUUGUGUAACAUACACGGUUUAUUAGUCACACCCAGUUUGUGUGUGUCAUCAAAUAACAUUAUAAUUCAUGUUGAUAUAAUGAUAUCAAAGUUAUCAUUGUAAUACAAGUUAAAAUUUGGGUAGCCAAAUUGUGAUUAAAAUUCAUGUUGAUAAUGGGUAUCAAAAUUAUGAUUAUGAUUCAUGUUAAUAUCAAGUAAGCCUACCAAAAUUAUGAGAGUCAUUCUUGUUGAUGCAAGUUGUGGCACAGGUUGGAACAUAGAACAAUUACCUCAAUUACUGUACCAGGGAUUUGUAAGGAAAACUUUUUUUUUUGGGUGGUUUUGGUCACAAUCAGCAGCACAUAGGUAAAGUCCUGGUCACACGUUUUAUUUUUGUAGUAGCUAGAGACAUGGGUCUCCUACAGGGCAAAUAUUUAGAAAUGCUUAGGUUGAAGGCCAGGUUAGUAAAAAAACAAAAUGGAGUGUGCUGAGACAGAAAAGUGAAGGAAUGCAUUCCUUGUACUCAAAAUUCCUUACCUGUGUGGACGUCUUCCUUGACAUCAUUAUUUUUCAUUCGCAAUGCUGUUUGGAGUUUAUGUGCGUGUGAGUGCAUGCACGCGUGUGUGUUACUCUCCAAAUGCAGUCAUUAUGGUUCAGGAGCAGGGUUUGAGAUAAACGCUUGUUAUAGCUUUCUUAAUGGAGAAAAACAGCAAUGAUUUUAGGAUGGUUGUGUGCUCCGUGUUUUCUUCAGACUUGGCCUAUUUCCAGCCCUGCAGAUAAUAGUCUGGUAGUAUCUUUUCUAAAAUGAAAUCCCCCUCUCACAAUCAGCUGUUUUACAUAAUUACUUACCCUCUAUAAAAAUAAUAGAUAGCUGGCUGGGAAUAUUCCUUUUUUUUUUUUGCUAAAGUAAUUUUUUACAGUUUACAGUAGCUUUAAUACAAAUAAUCAUUUGGAAAGGUUGUAGAGCUCUCAAUGUAGUAUUGUUUUUUAAAUUAAAAGUUCUCCAAUCUUUCGGUUGUAUUUACUUGUCCAUCACCGUCCCACAGACUAAUUGUACUAGUUCUUUUUCCUGCCUGCCUGCCUUGACGCUUGUCUGGACUAGCCUAGUAAGUUAAUAGUACUGCCUCAGACCAAAGACACAUUUGUAACGUGUGAUGGGAUUCCAUUUGUACGCGUGUAGCUCGGAACACUUUAAAUGUGUUGACUUUCUUUCUGAUUGAGUGAGACGAACUUGAGUGUGGGGUAGGUGGGUGUUCUCUGGUCUGAUGUAGGAGAGUGAGAUAGACACAAAGGGUAGUUGUAUGUUUCUUUUUGUGUGGGAAAAUGAAUGGGUGAGAUGGACAAAUGUUCUGAAUUUGUUGUGGUUUUUUACUCUGAAAAUAAAUCAGAGUGAUACAAAUCCUUUCGAUAGUAAGCAGGGUUUUUUGUUUAAAAAAUUAUUUUUUUUUAAAAUCUGUGAAGACAAAUCACAAACUGAAUGAAAAAUAUGGUGUGGUUUUGUUUUUUUUCUUCUGUGAAGAUGAAUUGGUAGGCACAUAGUUUUGUUCUGGCGGGUAAAAUCGAAUGGACCGUGUGCAGAUUCAGUAAAUGUCAGGCUUGACUUUGCUUUUUUCAUCACCUCCCAGUUGGGGACAGGAACAAGUGUCGCUUGUUUCGGAUCUGUUUUCGCUUUCGAUUUGGUCUAUGUAGGUAUACUUGUGUGUGUAUACUUGUGUGUGUGUGUGUGUGCGUGUGUGUGCGUACGUGUGUGCCUGCAUUUCUCACACUAAGCUGUGCGUGUGUGUGUGUAAGACUAAAUGUGUGUCUAUAUAUGGCAAAAGAAAUUCCGUCUGUAGCCUUGAUAAUAUUUUCACUGGAGAGACUUUGUUGUACAGUUAGCUUAAGUCUUUUGACUAGACGUGGUAUUCUGAGAGACAUACAUGCAUGCUGGCUUAGUUUAAUAUAUAUUUACAAACAUGAUGUCGUUAUCGAUGAAUGUUCUUUCUUAUGGACAGCUGGUCCUUUCUUGCUAAAGUUACUUUACAAGCAUAAGCAUAUUUGAGACUGUUUGUAUGUAUUUAUCUUAACUGCUGACAUGGAGAAAAAACUACUGCUUGUUUGGCAGUGAAGGGGAAGUCUGCCCGUUUUGUUAUCUUAUAUAGCUUUUGUACAUAAAGCUUUCAUACCAUUGAAGAUACUCAUUUUAAUAUAUCUCUAUAUAAUUUA